AUGCUGAAUAUUCUCAGACAAACGGCGCGAAACACUCCGCGUCUCUGUCGACACUAUGCGACCGCGCUCUCCCCCCAGCAGAAGCAGAUCGUCAAGGCCACCAUCCCAGCCCUCGAACAGCACGGCGUCGCCAUCACGACUCUCUUCUACGAGCAGCUGCUGAAGAAACAUCCCCAGCUGAACAACAUCUUCAACUCCUCCCACCAGGCCACCGGGGUGCAGCCCGCCGCCCUUGCCCACGCUGUCUGGGCCUACGCCAGCAACAUCGACGACCCCAGCGCCCUUGCUACUGCAGUCUCACGCAUUGGCCAUAAACACGCCAGUCUGGGUGUUGCUGCCGAGCACUAUCCCAUCGUCGGCGAGCAUCUCCUCAGCGCCAUCAAGCAGGUCCUGGGCGACGCCGUGACACCCCCUGUUGUUGAUGCCUGGUCCGCCGCAUACCAGCAGCUCGCAGAUAUUUUUAUUUCCUUCGAGGGCGACCUCUACAAGCAGGCGACGCAGACCCCCGGAGGAUGGAAGGGGUGGCGCAAGUUCGUCAUCGCCGAUAAAGUCAACGAGAGCGACGAGAUCAUCUCCUUCCACCUGGUCCCCGAGGACAAGACCGACCUCCCCACGUAUAAACCCGGCCAGUUCGUCAGUGUCCGCUGCUUCGUGCCAGAGCUGGGUGUCUACCAGCCGCGCCAGUACAGUCUGUCCGAUAUCCCCAACCGCCAGUACUUCCAGAUCUCCGUCAAGAAGGAGUUUGCGUCGGGCGCUCGUCCGGCCGGUCGCAUUUCGAAUGUCCUGCACGAGGCGCUCCCCAAGGGCGCCGAGGUCGAGAUCAGCAUGCCCUUUGGCGAUUUCGUGUUGGAUACGAAUGCCACGACGCCUGUGGUGUUGAUGAGUGGUGGUGUUGGGCUGACGCCGAUGAUGUCUAUGCUUAAGACUGUCACUGCGGAAUCUAAAUCGCGCCCGGCGGUGUUUGUGCAUGCGGUGCGCAACGGCCGUGUCCAUGCGAUGAAGGAGACGCUGGCCAGGAUCAUGGCUGAGAAUCCGCAGGUUGGCAAGGCUGUCUUCUACGAGGAGGUGGCCGAGGGCGACAAGAAGGGCGUCGACUACGACCACGUCGGACGCGUCGAUGUGUCAAAGAUCAAGGACCAGGUUCUCCUGCCAGAUGCUGAUUAUUACAUCUGUGGGCCGUCGCCGUUCAUGAAGGCGCAGAGCGAGGCCCUGGAGGGACUGGGGGUCAGCCCUAAGCGCAUCCAUAUGGAAGUCUUUGGCUCGCCGACUCCAUAG